AUGGCGAGCUCCCCCAGCAAGUCCCUAUAUGCUACAUUCGACGACGACGCACAAAUGAAGAUCACAGUAAACCUGGGCGGAUACACCACACAGGUCCUGAUAGACUCAGGAGCCCAAGGAAACUUUAUCGCACCCCGAAUAGUGCAACAGCGAGAAAUACCAUGGAAUCAGAAGCAAAACCCUUACCGACUAAGGAAUGUGGAAGGGAAAGAAGUCGAGUAUGGCGGAGGCAGCAUUGAUCAGGAGACAGCGCAACUCCCUUUGCUCUACCAUGGCCAUCAGGAGCUUAUCAGCCUCGACAUCACGGAGAUAGGAAACCACGACGUUAUCCUCGGAAUUCCAUGGCUACGAAGACAUAACCCACAAAUCGAUUGGGUUACCGGCCGAAUAAAAUUCAAUCCAGCCUCUGAGAAGCACUCGACGAAGGCCUCAUGCGGAUUACUAGCAGCAACCAGAGCAAGACCACGCCUGAUGCUAAGGAUAAAAGACAUUGGCACUAGGACGCUAGCAGCCACGACGAUUGACAAAGUCACGGAAGAUCCAAUGUCAAAGAUACCUGUUGAAUACAGGGUCUACAGCAAACUCUUUGCACCAGAACUCGAGACCGGAUUACCGGAACACAGCAAGUGGGAUCACAAGAUCGAAAUUAAGGAAGGACACGAACCCACCUUUAACAAAAUAUACCCACUCAACCAAGAAGAAAUGAAAGCCUUAGACGAAUGGCUUGACGAAAAUCUUGCGAAAGGAUUCAUCAGACCUUCGAAAUCACCCGCAGGAUACCCCGUACUAUUCGUACCAAAGAAGAACGGGAAGAAACGACUUUGUGUCGAUUAUCGACGACUCAACGAUAUUACGAUCAAAGACUGUUACCCACUGCCCCUCAUAUCGGAACUAAGAGACCUACUCUACGAGGCCCAAUGGUUCACAGCCUUGGACCUUAAAGGAGCCUACAACCUUAUCCGAAUUGCAGAAGGAGAUGAGUGGAAAACAGCCUUCCGAACGAGAAGAGGACAGUUUGAAACGUUAGUCAUGCCAUUUGGACUCACCAACGCACCGGCUACAUUCCAAACUAUGAUCAACCAAGUACUACGGGAAUAUCUGGACAAGUCUGUUGUUGUGUACCUCGACGACAUCCUUAUAUUCUCCAAAACGUUGGAAGAACACAAGAAGCAUGUCCACGAGAUUCUCAAAGCACUCGAACAAGCGAAGCUACUUGUGGAACCAGAGAAGAGUCUGUUUCACAAACAGGAAGUAGAAUUUUUAGGGUUCACAAUCACGCCAGGCGUAAUCAAGAUGUCCCCUAACAAAAUCAAGGCUGUGCAAGAAUGGCCUACACCAGAAAACCCGAAGGACAUACUAUCCUUCUUAGGAUUUACAGACAAACAACAGAAAGCGUUCCAAGAAGUCAAGGACAAGGUCACAUCGGAACCCGUCAUCCAGAUUCCGAACCCUGAGAAGCCCUUCGAGCUCGAAACGGAUGCUUCGAACGAAGCUGAAGGAGCGCAGCUAGGCCAAAGGGACGAGAACGGAGUCCUACACCCCUGUGGAUUCUUUUCAAGGAAGUUCCAAGGACCUGAACUGAAUUACCAGAUCCAUGAUAAGGAACUUAUGGCAAUUAUCGACGCAUUCAAAGAAUGGAGACCCCAACUAUCAGGAACAAAGUACGAAGUAAAAGUAUACACGGAUCACAAGAAUCUGGCACACUUCACCACUUCGAAAGAGCUCAACAAACGACAAAUCAGAUGGUCAGAAUUCCUCUCAGAAUUCAACUUCAGAAUCAUCUACAGGAAAGGAUCAGAAAACGGCAGAGCAGACGCGCUCAGCCGAAGACCCGAUUACAAGGACGAAGUCCCAGAAGAAACUCAGGUUAUCCUCAAAAAAGACAAUGGCGACCUCGUACCCGCCGCGAAACUCUUAAUGAUCGGCGACCGUGUCAAGACCAGCACGACUGGAAGAAUGACACACGACCAGAUCAGGGAGAUACACAGCGCACCCGCUCACGGUCACCAAGGAGUUACGAAAACCUGGAAACGAAUCAGACAACACCACGACAAGCGAGUAACAAGAAAAGACGUCGCUGACGCAAUCAAGGAUUGCGAAGUCUGCGCAAAAAGUAAGCCCAGCAGACACAAACCAUAUGGAGAAUUACAACCAUUGCCAGCACCACCAGCACCCUGGCACUCAAUCUCUCUAGACUUUAUCGUCAAACUACCAAAAUCGAGAGAACCACUCACUAAAGUACAGUACGACAGUAUACUAGUGGUUGUGGAUAGAUUCACGAAGUACGCGUAUUUCAUACCAUACUUGGAAUCAAGCACGGCAGAAGACUUAGCAUACACCUUUCUCAGGAUCAUUGUCAGCCAACACGGCCUGCCCCAGGAAAUAGUAUCAGACAGAGGAUCAGUCUUUACGUCCAAGUUCUGGAGAUCCCUGAUCUCGCAGCUCGGAGCAAAGCACAGCCUCAGCACUGCCUUCCACCCGCAGUCCGACGGACAAACGGAAAGAAUCAACCAGAUCCUGGAAACGUACCUAAGGAGUUAUGUGAACUACGACCAGGACAACUGGGUCAAGUUGUUACCAACCGCACAGUUCGCAUACAACAGUUCAAUAGGAGAAAGCACGCGAGAAUCACCUUUCUUCCUCAACUAUGGAUUCAACCCUACCGCUUAUGGAGAACCCCGAACCGGCUCUGCCGCGAUAAAAGCAGUAGCAGACAUCAAGAAACUUAAGGAAAUCCAACAAAAACUACCCCAAGAACUCGAAUUCGUACGGCAAAGAAUGAAGAAACACGCCGACCGACAUAGGGUGAGAGGCCCACCCCUAAAAGAGGGAGGUAGCGCCUACCUCAUACGGCGAAACAUCAAAACGAAACGACCUAGCGACAAACUCGACUUCAAAAAACUAGGACCUUUCGAAAUCACGAAGAAAAUUUCCGAAGUCAACUACGAGUUGAAACUACCGGAAACAAUGAAAUGUCACCCAGUCUUUCACGUCUCAUUAUUAGAACCAGCACCGGACGGUACACACACCGAAGACUGCAUCAUUGUGGAAACAGAUGACACCGAAUACGAAGUAGAACGCAUUCUAGACCACCGGAGGAAUGACGAAACAACAGAAUACUUCAUUAAGUGGAAAAACUAUGGACACGAAGACGAUUCGUGGGAACCAGCUAAGAACCUGGAACACGCUCAGGAAGAACUCCAACAAUACUGGCACCAGAGGACGUCUCUGGACCCCAGUCGUCCAAACCGACGCCAGACCAAUCCACAACGCCAAUAG